AUGCCUGAAUUAUCUAAUUAUGGGUCUUAAUAUUUUGCCCACUGUAUAAAAUUUUAAAGAGAACCAUUCAUGUCUUUAGCAAUUUCAUUCAAUAUCUAUUCUAGCAUUUCUAUUGGAAGUAUUUUUGGAACGCAUUUAAAAUUCAUCGUCGUAUUUUUAAAUUCAAUCGGCACAAUGUACACUGAGAUCAUUAUUUAUUUUGAAGUUUGUGCAUAAUGUGAUUAUUUAUUAUGAACUUUGAAUCAACCCGGAAGUAACGAAAAAUCAAAAUCAAUUAUCAAUGAACCUAGUCGUUAUAAUCAUUUAAUCUAAACUGACUGUGAAGUAUAAAUUUGGUGUUUUAGUGUGUUAACAACAGAACGCAUAUCAGUAGGAAUUGACUAUGGAAGUUUAUCGCUGGUUAUUGUUUGUGUAUUUGUAUUACUUUCAAGGAAUAUUAAUGGCUACGGAAAGUACGUACUUAUGUAAUGUAUGUAAGUGUACCAGAUUAAAAAAAGGAUUGAAAAUAGAUUGCAGUGGUCAACUGAAAAAAGAAUUUAAAAUCACGUCACUUCCGGUGGAUACGAUGUGGAUAGAUUUAAGUGAAAAUUACAUAAAGGAAAUUAAGUGGAAAUUUCCAAAGAAAAUCGAAUUCAUUAAUUUGUCAAGAAACAAUAUUUCAGCCCUCCUUGGUAAACCUUUCAGUGGACUUAAAAAUUUAAGAUAUUUAAAUCUCGAAGAGAAUAAUCUCACUCUUACGGAAUCAGUCUUUUAUCCGGACUUGUUUCUUUCACUUCGAAGUUUGGGAACUUUGAAUAUAAAGAAGAACGCAAAAAAUAACGUGAAUUCAAAUGCCAUUGAUAGAGCCUUUUCCAGACUUGUUUCUUUGAAAACACUCAAAGUUGACAUACCACUUAAUUUCACUUUUGGUGAAGGAUUUAAAAAUCUUCGGAAACUCUCUGUACUUGACGCCUCAGGAAUAACAGGUUUUUGCAAUAUUUGGAGUAUAUCUGCAGAUUUCUUCAAAAACAUACCUUUUUUGAAGGAGAUCGAUAUAAGUAAAUGCAAAAUAUCUCAUAUAUCUAAAGGGCCCUUCAAAUUGCUCCCACACCUGAAAAAACUCGAUAUUUCCCAUAAUAAGGAAUUAGGAUUUGCCUCUCUCCCAAAUGCAACAUUUGGCUUGAACGAAACAUCAAUCCAAGUUUUUUACGCUGACGAUAUCCAUUGUACGCUAGGCAUUGGUACAAAGAUGAGAAUUUCUCAUAUCGAGAAUUUGUGGUUUACAAAACUUGUUGAGGCCUCUUUUGCACAAAAUAGGAUGGAGUUAAUAGGAAAAGGUGUUUUGCCAAACAUGCCAACAACGUUGGAAAAACUGUCCUUCGCUUUAAACCGACUCACAACAGGAAUAUAUUUAUUUGAAUUUUUCUCUCUACGUAACUUGAAGGAAUACAACAUGACACUACUAUUAAAACCGGUUAAAUAUUUUCCGGAAGUUUUCGAGGAAUGCAACGAAAGGAAAGAUUUUGAAAUAUCAGUUGUAUCUAGUAAAAAUAAAUACCAUGAAUAUUUAAACGUACAGAGAAAAAGAGUUUUGACAAAUAUAACUGUUUACCUCCCUCCAAAUCUUGAAACAAUUUAUGCUAAUUCAAGCAAAUUAUAUGGAGGAAUUCCAAAAGUAACCUUGAAUGCAACAAAAUUGAGAAACAUCUACGUACAGAAUAAUUUAUUCUUUUCCUGGGAUCAACCUGUGUUUGGAUUUGAUCUUGUGGAAAAUGUAGAUUUAUCAGACAAUUUCUGUUCUAGAAUAUCCCCCCGUUUUACUGCAAGCGGUACAGGAUUAAAAUACUUAAACAUUGCAAGAAACUUUCUGUCUCGACCGAUUCAAAUGGACAAAAGAUGUCAAUUGUUUAAAUAUCAGCGAAAACUUGAAGAAUUUGAUCUAUCAAACAACAGACUUAUUCACCUACCAAUCUGUACUUUUCAAAAUAUGGUAAAAUUAAGAAAACUAAAACUAAAUCACAAUAAAUUGAUCGGCGUUAACUUCAGAAUUCAUCACAUGACUAACCUUUCUUAUAUAGAUCUCUCCGAUAACAGAUUAACGGGAUUUACAAAUGAAACAAUGCAAGCAUUUUCACAUAUCUUCAAAAAAUCUAAAUUAUUGAUAAAUCUACAAAGAAACAACUUGUAUUGCAGUUGCCAAAAUUUAGAAUUCUUGACGUGGUUGUAUGUAAACAGAAUAUAUUUCUUAAAUUUUCAAAAGUAUUCUUGUUCUGAUCGCAGUAAUCAGUUCAACUUUCAUUACAUGGAACAAUCUCUACAAAAACUCCAGCUUGACUGUAUGGAUUACGACUUUUGGAUAAUUACAACAACUGUCUCGAUAACUCUUGUGACAAGUGUCAUACUUGUGAUAAUCAUUCGGAAAAACAUCUGGCACAUAAGGUAUUUCUUGCAUAAAAGUAAACGACAUAAUGACGGUUUUACCUCAAACAUAAAAGAAGAGGAACUUUCUAAUCUGAUAACAGAACCUGAUUUGCUGAGUUCAAUAGCUGAUGAAAGCUUUGAAAGAACCAGUCAAUAUGGAAUGAUGCAAGGACAACGGCAAUAUUUUUACCAUGCAUUUAUUUCCUAUGUAGGCGAGAAUAGGGGAUUCGUAUUCCAGAAAAUGAAACCAAAGCUGGAGGCAAAAGGUUUGAGGUUAUUAAUUCGUGAUAUUCACUUCGAAAUUGGUAAUUCUAAAAUUGAUAACAUCAUGAAAGCAAUUGGGAGGAGUCAAAGCACUAUCUGUGUUGUGUCGAAAGCGUAUCUGAAAUCAAAAUGGCGAACAUAUGAAUUAAAUAUGGCAAAAAUGGAAGGUUUAAAAGAAAGAGGAACCUUAGGAUAUGUCCGUCUAAUUCUGAUGUCUGAUUUGUUUGAAGGAGGUUGUGACACAGCUAUUAAAGAUUUUAUCGAGAAAAAAUUAUUUCUUGACUACCCACCGGAAGAUUCCUCCCUGCAGGAGGAAUUCUGGGAAAAUCUUAUCCGCGUUAUCAAAAACACGGGGUAAAAAUAGGAAGAAAAACUAAAGCGUAUUGUGUGGUUCGAACUCCACAUCAUGAUUUGGGGAUUGACUGAGUGUUCUACAUAAAUGGAUGAUUAUUAU